AUGACUCCUCCGGCUGUACCGUCUGCUGCGCCUAGCAGUGAGCAUGGUAUUGUUGAGGCUAAGGAGUGUGGCAACGGUGGUGCGAGUGGAUCGGGAAACCAGAGUAGGAAGGUGGCUAGUAUCAUUGUCUCUCCACCACUUCGGACAGCAACUAUGGAAGAUAAUGUCACAAUACGUAGUCGGAGCGCAAUAAGAUCUUUGUCUUUUGUGGCAGAUGAAGCAGUUGAAGACGGGGAGCAAGUCAUUGAGGCUUUAGCUGAUAUGGAGACAAAUGAUAUGGAUGAUGUAACGAAAAUGACUAAUGAGGAGUAUGAUGAUGCUGAGGAUGAUCUUCUGGGAGAAGAAUUUAUGGAGGCUGAUGAGGAGAAGCGAGUUGGAGGCAAAGUCGGUUUGAGUAAUAAGGCUGAUGGCAAGAUGCGCCCUGGUCGCCUAAAUACAUCAUCAAAAGUCUUCUCGUCAUAA